AUGAAAGCUGUUCACUUCAGCACCAAUAACGUCGUGAGAGCGGCUCCAGGAGGUCGCGUGUGUAUUGACCCGGGGCUAGUGCUCGUGUCAGUCCUAAGUAUUGACAGUGAAGGUGUACCUCCUCCCCUCACACUCUGUAUAGUUUACGAGGCAGUCUGUCCGUCACCUGUAUAUGGACUACAUCCGGGAUCGGCGACCGGACACUCCGCUACCACACGUUCAAAUGACACACCAACAGAAAUAUUAGGACACCGGAGAGACAGAGAGAGAGAGACUCGGCACGUACGAACAGACAGACACAGGACACGCGAAACUGGAGAUAAAUACUUAUCAUAUAGAAUAACACGGACUAGCAGCGAGCGAGGAGCACACACAGAGGUGUUCCUGGAACUUACAGGGGCUGCUGAAGAAAUGAAUAGGAAGGAAACCACACGUUGGACCAGAUGCUUUAGCCAUAAUCAUCAUCAGCCUCUCAUAACUCAUCAGUACAACAUCCAAUACAUCCAGAUGUCAGUUCUCACGUACUCAAUCUCUCAUGUUUUCUAUGACCAUGACAUGUAUGAACUCGGUCUCAACCUAUUGGAACUAUCUUUUUCCUUCUCCCUGGCGUUAGAGUCCUUGAAAAAUUCAAAUACAUAA